CUUUGGGGCCUUAUGGAGGGGGGUAUUCGUUUCGCAGUGGGAGAAAGAAGUCCAACACAGCCUUGCUGUACGACGUCGGCGUCGGUACAAUAGCACUGCGAUUUCCACUCGGUUUUGAAUUUUGUGGACUUUCCAUUACUCUCACCUUAACAAUUAUUCACCACGCAAAAUCGACACGAUGCCUCCACCAUCAGGUCCACCUCCACCGAUGAAUCAACAAGACGUUCCUGAGGGUUGGACGGCUCAUUGGGAUCCUCAGUAUCAGACAUUCUUCUACGAGAACAACUAUACCAAUGCCUCUGUCUGGGUGAAGCCCACCGAACCAGCUUUUCCCCCUGGUCGAGGGCCUCCAUCAAGUCCUCCCCCUCAAAAUGAUCCCACAGCCUCCUUGACGAAUUCGAUGGCAUCCGUAUCAAUUUCGCACCAGAACUCGUACCAACAGCCUGCUCAACAAUUGGCAUAUGGGCAGACAACUCCGCAGUCGCCCUCACAAAAUAUGUACAACCCCGCACCUCCGCCUUCUGGGUCAUAUCAACCUUACAAUUCAACGCCUCCCCCAUCCCAGUAUCAGCAGAGCCCACCACCACAGCAAACUCCCUAUGGGCAGCCGGCGUAUCAAAGUGCAGCUCCAGCCCAAGCCCAUCAACGUGCACCCUCGGGCCAGACCCAAUACGGAGCUCCACCUGCCGCUCCUUAUACGUCUACCCCGCCUCCAAACGUUGCGGGUCGAGCACCUCCAGGCUCACAACCUCAACAGCCCUACGGUGCAACAUCACCACCCCCAGCGCAACGUCAGAUGGGACAGCAACCUCCUACUCGGGGCCCAGGUCCACAAAGUCCCUACAACCCAGCUCAAUCUCCCAACAGCCAACCCCAGUCCCCACCAGCUGGCUACAAUAACCAAAGACCAAUGUCUGGUGGUCCUCCUCAACAAUCUCCCGCAGGUUACCCAAAUUCCAACCCAAAUCCAGGUGCAGCAGGUCAAGGCGCAGCUAGAGGCUACUUCGAUCAAGCCUCUCAACCUGGGAAUCGUCCUCCACAAGGUACACCUGGAUCCCAACCUGCCUAUGGCUCUCCAAUCCCACCAGGAGCGCAGCCCGGUCAGCAAGGCGCUAGGGGCUAUCCUGGUCAGCCUCAAUCACCACCUGCUCAAGGCGGUAGGCCAGGUAAACAACCUCCAUAUGGUUCUCCACAACCUGGCAAGUAUCCCCCGCAAGCUCCGUAUGGCCAGCAACAGCCGCCACGCCCAGGACAAUCACCUUAUCCAGCUCAACCAGCGUAUGGGCAACCACCCAGUGCAGCGAUUCCUCCAGCUCCGGAGGCCAAGAAGGGAUUCUUGGGCAAUCUCUCCAGCAAGGUUGGUGGUAAAGGCGGAGCUAUUCUGGGUGUGGGAGCAGGUUUAUUGGCUGGUGGUAUCUUGAAGCAUGAAUGGGACGAGCACGAAGAGAAGGAGAAGGAAAAAUACCAGCACCAUCAACCGCAACAUUCUCAUUCAGGCUCAGGGUCUUACUCAGGGUACGGUGGCUAUGAGCAACAGCCCAGUCAAUCUAGCGGGCACGGAGGUAUCGGCAGCUUUUUGGGUGGUGGUGCGGCCGGAGUUGCUGCCCCCGUUAUCUUUGAGCAAUUCAUGCCAGGUGGUGGUGGUGCUCCAACCAAGGAGGUCGUUGAGCCAACUUACUACGAGAACGAUACUUACGUGGUCGACAACAACACCUAUGUGGACAACACCUAUGUAGACAGCACCUAUGUAGACAACACCUAUGUGGACAACACCGUCGUUGACAACAAUGUCUACGUGGACAAUACCGUUGUAGAUACGAACUAUACUCAAGUCGACACCUAUCAGCAAGACAACUACGUUGAUACCUCAUACCAACAAGAUUCGUAUGCUCAGGUUGACACAUACCAACAAGACAGUUCCUACACCCAGGUAGACGACUCCUAUCAGCAAACUGACACCUACCAAGAAACGGACACCUAUCAAGCGACCGACACCUUCCAGGAGACCGAUUCGUCGUCGUUCCAGGAGACUGAUACUUAUCAGCAAGAUGAUACAUAUACUCAAGACGAUACAUACGCACAGAGCGACUCUGCUUCGUUUACUGAGGUGGAUACCAGUUAUCAGGAGACUGAUACGACUUAUGAUGCGUCUUGGUAGAGGCUGUUCUUGGAUGGAGACCCUGUGGAGAUGUUGGAAAGAGAGCGGGGGAAGUUUAUUAGACAGGCGGAGGAAUGCUAGUAUAUUUACAGUCAAAGAAAGAGAGACCAAGCGUUGACCUUAAAUGAUUUCCUUUCAUCUUUUUCCAAAUCACUU